AUGUCGGGCUCUGUGUCCCAUGGCUGUCCGCUGUGGGUGCUCUGUCGGCAGGGGCGAGUGUGUCUGCUCCUGCUGCUGCUGGAGGGAUGCGGCUGUCUGGCGAGUCCCAGCAGUCCUACAGGGGUAAACAACAUCAACCAGCCCCGGGUGAACAUUUAUAUGAGCGUGGAGGAGGUCAAGAAGCUUCUAGGUCUGGAUGCCGAGCUGUACUAUGUGAGAGACGAUCUGGUGAAUUACUACGCCCUGUCCUUCCCUCUGCCUGUGCCCAGUGACACCAGCAGCCUCCACUUCACCUGGCAUUCCAAAACAAAGGUUGAAUACAGACUCACGUACCAGGUGGAGACUCCUACAGCCAUGAACACUCCACAGAGCAACAUCUCCAGCCAGGGGGAGCUGCCGCGUGUACCGUCUGUGUUCAGAGUGGAUCUCUUCUGUUCGGGAAAGGUGGACGGAGAGGCGGUGGUGACGGUGCAGCUCAAUCUCACAGUCCACGCAAACAACUACACAGUGCUCAACUUCAAGAGGAGGAAAAUGUGCUACAAAAAAAUAGAUCCUGAUCCAAACCGUCCCUCUCUCUCAAACAACUCGCUGCCAAGACCCGACUUAGAUGUGACGACUCCCACCACCUCCACUCAGGUCUUCUACAUCAGCGUUAGCGUGUGUUGCAUCGUCAUCUUCCUCGUGGCCAUAGUGUUGGCCAUUCUCCAUCUGCACAGCAUGAAGAGGGUAGAGAUGGAGGACAGUGUGAGUGACAGUGGCAGCUCCCAGGGCCUGUCCCAGCCUUCCACACAGACCACGCAGUACCUUCGGGCCGACACUCCCAACAACGCCACUUCAGUCACCAAUAAUCACCCUGGCUCCACACCCAUUCUCCAGCUUGCCGCCUCCUCCUUCCAAAACCCCGGUGUCCCCCCCCACGAACCCAAAAGUUUCCCGUCUCUUCGCAUCGAGAAGAACGACCUACGCAGCGUUACUCUGACUGAAGCCAAAGCCAAAGUGAAAGACAUCGCUAUCUGCAGGGAGAGGGUGACACUGCGGAACGUCCUCCAAGAAGGAUGA